CGCCCGGAAGCGCACAGACUCUCGGGAGGUUUGCGUUCCCCGCCCCUCACGGCCGGAGAUCUCGCGAGGGUUGUAGCUGCCGUCGCCGGGUGUCGCGGCCGGGUUCGCACGGCCUGUCUGACCUCGGUUCCCCCCCCCGCAGGAUGGCGGCCCCCGGCUCUGAGGAGGACAAGGCGGCGGCGGCGGCAGGGGGCGGGCCCCCGGGCGUGGGGCGCUGGCGGCGGCGGAGCCGGACGCUGCUGGUGCGGCACCUGCCCGCCGACCUGACGGCCGCGGAGAAGGAGGAUCUGCUGAGGCACUUCGGGGCCGCGUCCGUGCGGGUCCUGUCCGACCAGGGGCGGCUGAAACAUACAGCUUUUGCUACAUUCCCCAAUGAAAAUUCAGCUGUAAAGGCAUUGUCAAGACUGCAUCAGCUGAGACUUUUAGGUCACACUUUAGUUGUUGAAUUUGCAAGGGAACAAGACAAUGUUCAUGUUCUUAGCCAAUCUUCACUCUCAGAGAAAAAUAAAAGGUCAGAACCACCAGUGGAAGAAGAGAGAGAACGGAAAGAGCCAAGCUGUCCUAAAAUAGAGAAUGGAAUUGCUCCCAGGCAUGGGCUAACCUUUCCUAUAAACUCUUGCCUCAAAUAUCUGUAUCCACCGCCUUCAAGUACAAUCCUAGCAAAUAUAGCAAAUGCCUUGGCAAGCGUGCCUAAAUUUUAUGUACAGGUGCUGCACCUUAUGAAUAAAAUGAAUCUACCCCCACCCUUUGGACCCGUUACUGCUCGACCACCCAUGUAUGAAGAAUAUUUACCAGCGCCUGUGCCGCCACCACCUAUCCCACCACUGCCUCCGGAGGAGCCUCCUUUGCCUGAAGAAGAGGAAGAUCAGGAAUCUAGCAGAGAAGAAUCUGAAUAUGAAAGUGCUGAUGAGGAAGAAAAGGAGAGAAUGACUAAAUUGAUGGAAUUAGCAGCCAUUCAGCCUAAAAGACCAAUAUCCACAAAGCAGCGUAGUGUGAGAAAAAAGCAGAAGAUAAAAGACUUGCUGAAUGCUCCCACAUCUGCUCCCCACAGUAAUCUGCACCCUACGCUAUCACCUUCGGAUGUGUUUGAGCAGCUGCAAUCUGUAGGUCAUAAAAAAAUUAAGUUCCAAAUUUCUGCAGACAUUCCGGACAUUCUUCAGAAAAGUUUAGAGAGAGACCAAAACAAUGAUCUUUAUGCAACUUCAGAAGAAAUAACUAAUGCAGGAUUUGGAAAGAUCUUCCCAGCUCCUAGCUCUAAUGAUAAAGAGGACACAGAAGAAGAAGAUGAUGAUGAUGAUGAAAUACCAUCAGAAUUUGUUUCUAGAAGGGAAUUGGAAAAAGGCAGACUUUCUAGAGGAGAAAUGGAAAAACUUUCCAUUUUCAAAAACUAUGAGCCAGGUGAUCCAAACUGCAGGAUUUAUGUGAAGAAUUUGUCAAAACAAGUUCAAGAAAAGGAUCUCAAGUUUAUUUUUGGAAGAUAUGUUGACUUUCAAUCAGAAACUGAACGAAUUAUGUUUGACAUACGUUUGAUGAAAGAAGGUCGCAUGAAAGGACAGGCUUUCAUUGGCCUUCCUAAUGAAAAAUCAGCUACCAAAGCCUUAAAAGAAGUAAAUGGAUAUGUUUUGUUUGAAAAGCCCAUGGUAGUUCAAUUUGCACGAUCCGCUAGACCAAAACAGGAUUCCAAAGAAGAGAAAAGAAAAAGAUAGAACAAUGCUAAAGAAACAUUCCUGCGUAAAUACUGCAGUAAUACUGUCAUGCAGAGUGUAUCCUUUCUUGUUGUAUCCUUUUUUUGUGCAAUGUUUUCCAUAGCACUCAAAUACCUCCAAGUUCUCUUUUAGUGUAGGUGCGGGGAGGAAUUUAUACUCUUUUUACAAUUUUGUAAAUCUCUGUUCAAAUAAGUAAGAUACUUUAAAAUUAUAAAGGGGACUUUUUCAGGGAGGAAGUUAGUGAAUCAGGUCACUUACUUAGAGGGACACCAUGAAUGUUUCUAGUCUCAAAAUGUGACCUUUCCUCCCUGUUCCUUCUCUAAAUCCAUAUAAUUCUUUAUUUUAUGGGCCAGAUCCUGAACUGGUGUAAAUUGGCCUUGUUCCAUUGACUUCAGUGGAGCGAUGCUGCCUUAUAUCAGCUAAUGUUCCUUUUUUAAAAAAAUAGCAACACCACACUGUGUGUUAGAAUGUUUCAGUUUUGAUGGGGUGGUUAUAAGCAGAAAACAAUCCUUGAUGUUGUCUUUUUAAGUAAUACAUUCAUUUAAUGACAGCUUGUGUCCCAGUUUAUGGGACGCAACCUGCACUUAGUUUCUCUCGUAACUUUUUCCUUUUUUUAGAAUAGAGAACAGAAAAUCUAGCAAUGUCUCAUAAUGAAGUAAUGAAGACUGAAGCUAAACUUUAUUCAUUGCUACCUUUGUUUCCCACUUUCUGGUAGUGUUUUACGGCUACUAAUCUAUAAUUUUCUUGUGGGGGUUGUAUUACAGCAUUCUGUGAUUAACCUUACUUUUUUUUAACUUUAUAAACUAAUACAUGCUGUAUGUAGUAAGCCAAAUUUAGCUGGCUCAGACAUGAUUUACUAAUUUUCUAUAUCUUAAGAUUUUUCAACUUUCCAGUUAAGCUUCUGACAACUGAACACAGUAAUUUUCCAGUCAUUUAUACUUUUAACAUGCCUUUAUAAUGUUCCAGGUUCCUUUUGUGUUCCAUCUCUUUCAAGUGUUACCAAGCCACAGGAAGAUGCAAUGUGAUCAACAGGACUAUUGAACAGUGCGUAGUAGCAUUUCAAAUGUUUUUAAAACAAGACUUAAUUCUCUUCAUUCUUAAAGGUUCCAAAUGCUUUUAAACACAUUGUAGCCUAUCACAAGACAGAUAUAUGAAAAAUGUAUAUUAGUCCGCUUGUUAAAUCUCUAAUAAAUUAUUCCUUUUCCCUUCA